AUGAUUCAUGAUCGUAGUCAUAAAUAUGAAAGGGAUAUUAAGACGCGCGAGGAAAUCACAUCGCUAAUAGCACAUCACGUUACGGCUGUUAAUUACAUUUACCGCAAUACGAAAUUCGAUGGACGUACCGAACAUCGAAAUAUACGUUUUGAGGUGCAGCGCAUUAAAAUUGAUGAUGAUUCCGCCUGCCGCACUACCUACAAUGGCCCCCAUAAUGCUUUUUGUAAUGAACAUAUGGAUGUUUCGAAUUUUCUUAAUUUACAUUCCCUUGAGGAUCAUUCAGACUUUUGUUUGGCUUAUGUUUUCACCUACAGAGAUUUUACCGGCGGCACUUUGGGUUUAGCCUGGGUAGCUAGUGCCUCGGGAGCUUCUGGUGGCAUUUGUGAGAAAUAUAAAACAUAUACAGAGACCGUGGGAGGUCAAUAUCAAAGCACAAAACGUUCUCUGAAUACGGGAAUUAUAACGUUUGUUAACUACAAUAGUCGUGUUCCGCCCAAGGUAUCACAAUUGACUUUGGCACAUGAAAUCGGGCAUAAUUUUGGAUCACCGGUAAGUGAAAAAGAAUUUGAACUAAAACAGAACUAA